CUGCUGAGGGACCCCUGCAGGGCCAUGGCUGACUUACUGGGACAACGGAGCUUGUUCGGCUUCGGUGUGGUGUUAGCAUGGCUUGUUUUGUUCCACCUGCUAGUCAACAUCUGGCUUUUGUGCAUAUUUACCAGCCUGCUGGUUGUGCUCGGCAGCUGGCUUGGCUCACACGCCAUCUUGGAGUCCAACAAUGUGGUUCACUUGGAAAGGUUUAUCACUAUGGAACAGGUUCUCCCAUCUGCAGAGGACGAGCUUCACCUAGAUCAGGAGAUCCACAACACAGUAAAAAAAAUCAUCCGGGACUUUGUCACCUCCUGGUACUCAACGGUGUCCUUUGAGAGUGGUUUUGAGGUGGAAGUUCAGGAGGCUAUGAUCUCAAUGGCCAUGGAGCUGAAAAAGCGUGCGGGGCAUGUUGAUAGGAAGGAGUUGACCCAGAAGAUCUUAAAUCUGCUUGGUGGCCAUCUGCAGGACUACCACCGAGCCAAGGAGCUAACGACGGAAAAACAGUCCAACGAAAGCGAUCUCUUGUGGAAAGAAUAUUCCGGCAUCACCGUGCCCCACCUCGCCACGGCUAGUGAAACGGUGGAGGUUAACUACGUCAGAGCGGUUGUUGAUUUGCUGCUCCACGUCCUGGUGCCCUCGCCUCAUUUAGAAACCCGCACCGGGCGUUUUGUGGUCGGCGAGCUCAUCACCUGCAACGUCCUGCUCCCUCUCUUUUCCAAACUGUCCGACCCCGACUGGUUAAACCUCCUCAUCAUUGACAUAUUCGACAAGUCCUGCGCUCAGAGGGAGACCACAGCGACGGAGCCGCCGGCCCCCCCUCCGCCGCCGAUUUCCGCCGAAUCGGCGACGGCGCCGCCUCAACGGACGGCGGACGCCGCCCAGGCGGGCGACGACGCGCCUCCGCAAAGAGCCGAGAAGGAAGCGGCCCGCGACCCGGAGCUCUCUCUGCCCGAGCUGGCUCCCUACGAUGCGCUGGACUCCGAGGAGGCGGAGUUUUUGCUGGCCGAGGAGUACGAAACCGCUCGGCCCUUUUUGAGGCAGUACAUCCGAGGAAGCAAGUCGAACCCGUUCUACCAGGAAAACGACUCGGACCUGGAUUCUCCUCUGACGGACAAUAAACCGAGCUCCACGGACUCCUUGGUGAUGAUGGGUCAAGAGGAGAGCGCGUUCGAUGGACAAAAAGAGUGCGCCGAGAACAGUAACGGGGUGGACCUGGAGGAUGUUUCUCUUGGCCCAAUGGACAGCUCUUGUCCUAAAGUCUUGGUCAAUUCGGAAAUAGUUGAGCAUCCUAAUGGCUUGCCAUCCGUUAGGACAGCAGAGGGAACGUCCAGCAUUAGCGGCCUGGACAUGGCGGGCAGAUCCCCCGUGGUGAACCAAGACAGAGAGCUGCUCCUGGGAGUAGAACAGACCGUGAUGGGGAAUCCUAACGGUCUGGGGGUCAUCAGUCCAAUGCAGGGCGGCUCCCAAAUGGCGACGUUCAGCUUCGAGCCCCUCAGCAGCCCCGAAGGACCGGUCAUCAUCCAGAACCUGCGCAUCACUGGCACCAUCACAGCAAAGGAACACCGAGGCACCGGCUCACACCCCUACACACUUUACACCAUCAAAUACGAAACUUCCGUGGGCUGUGAGAACCCAGGAAUUUCUGAGGAUGGCGAGCUGCUCCAGGCGGCCUGUGAGAGCGCCUCGCUCCUUCAGUCCGUGGCCUAUCACAUGGUCAACAGGCGAUACAGCGAGUUCCUCAACCUGCAAACGCGGCUGGAAGAAAAAAAUGAACUUCGGAAGCUCAUCAAAGGUGUGAAAGGUCCAAAGAAAAUGUUUCCAGACAUGCCGUUUGGAAACAUGGACAGUGACAAGAUAGAGGCCAGGAAAGGGCUGCUGGAGACCUUUCUAAAGCAACUGUGCGCCAUCCCCGAAAUAGCCAACAGCGAAGAGAUGCAGGAGUUCCUCGCUCUCAAUACAGACGCCAGGAUCGCCUUUGUCAAGAAGCCUUUCAUCGUGUCACGCAUAGACAAGAUUGUCGUGAACGCCAUCGUGGACACUCUCAAGACGGCAUUUCCUCGUUCGGAGCCUCAGAGCCCGACGGAAGACAACGAGGCAGAAGUGGAUGGAGGGAAACUGUGCACAGACAAGAAGAAGUCUCGUCUGAAGCUCUCUGGGAAAAAUAUUCCUCUAGUUAAUGGCACAGACACAAGACCGGCAGUUUUGUUCAAGUUGGACCAAACAGGAACAGUGUUUAAUGGGAUGUCUUUGGGAGAUUUGCAAGCUUUCAUCAGCGAACAGGAAAAUGUGAGCGGUAAAGCCAUGGCAGUGAGGGAGGGAAGUCCAGUGUCAAAGCCCUGUGGAGCCGCUCUGGAUCACACUAUGUUCAAAAAGCAGAGUCAGGAACAUGGUGCAGCAGGUGAGAUGGCGCUGACCGAGGUGGCGCUGAACAUCUUGUGCCUGCUGAUGAAGGACCAGUGGAGCUGGCUCUGCUCCGAAAACGUUCAGAGGACGAUCCGGCUGCUGUUCGGAACUCUCAUUAACAGGUGA